UACGUGUUGUGUGUCUGCGUGCUACUCCUGGUCAAGUGCUUACUGGCUUCCGUGUGUUCACAGACAUAUUUAAGCAAGCUAAAGAAAAGCCUUGAGCUGCGCUCGGAAGCGGUCCAACGACAGACGGAGAUGUUGCACUCGAUCCUGACUCCGCAGCAGUCACUCACAUACUUGCGGUGGGUGGACGCCAACCAGGAUCGGCUGCCUAACUACAUCGACAAGACGCAGUCAGUGCCGCACACACCCGCUUCCGAUGCGGUGCGGGCCAUCCUGAAGAAGGACGACCGCGAUCUUACGGUGGAAGACGUCACAGCCCUGCUUGGAGAGCUCUAGCCCCGGACCAACCUUGCGUUUUGCACCGUGCCUCGCUGCUCGUAAGCCCCCACAGCCCAUCGAAGUGGCCAGCCACUCGUCGCUUUCAUUAGUGUCGAUGGCCGACGUGUUAGAUUAACAUCGAACCAAUAGCCAUUUCCAUGCGCCGUGUGAACGUCAUAUCUGCUAGACUUUUCAGUACUGGUCCUUGUCUCACUCUGGUCUUGAUAUCGAUGUCGUCCACCUAGGAUAGGACCCAGUGGGCCAACCUCUUCAACGUGUGAUUCAGUCAACCGAUUGUGUUGACGUCGGUCUAGUGAUGACGUCGAAGGAUUGGAACGAUAUGUGCGCACAUCCAUUGCACCACGACUGGCAAAGCUGAAGCUGAAGCUGAAGCAUAUCCUCACUUUUCAACUUGCAAUUUCAAGCUCAAGCGACUUUCCUAUCAAGCAUGGCUCCGUCCACCCCCAAGCUCUUCACGCCUGUGACUCUCGGCGGCAAGAACCCCAUCCAGCUCAAGCACCGUGUGGCAAUGGCAGCGCUUACGCGUCUCCGUACUGGUGCCGAGGGUGUCCAAAAGCCCAUGGGUGUCGAGUACUACUCGCAACGCGCCACGGACGGCCGACUUAUCAUCACGGAGGCCACCGACAUCAGCAAGCAAGGCAACGGCUACUACGGAGCGCCCGGCCUGUACACGCAGGAGCAAGUCGAGGCGUGGAAGCCUGUCGUCAAGGCCAUCCACGACAAGGGCGGCAAGGUGUUCGUGCAGCUCUGACACACGGGUCGCGUGAGCCACCCGCUGAACCAGCCCAACGGAGGACUGCCCGUGUCGGCUAGUGCCAUCAGCAUGGAGGCCGUGACGAGCCACGCCAUCACUUCCGAAGGCCGCAAGGACCACGUCACGCCCCGUGCAUUGGAGGCGGACGAGAUCCCCGGCAUCGUAGAGGACUACAAGACUGCGACGAAGAACGCCCUCACCGCGGGCUUCGACGGUGUGGAGCUCCACUCUGCCAACGGAUACCUGCUGGAGCAGUUCCUGUGCGACUCGACCAACAAGCGCACGGACAAGUACGGCGGCUCCAUUGAGAACCGCGCCCGCUUCCUGUUGGAGGCUCUGGAGGGAAUCCUCUCGGUUGCAGACUUGAGCAAGGUUGCCAUUCGUCUGUCGCCCUAUGGCAUCACCUUCGCCUGCACGGACUCGGAUCCGUUGGCGACGUACGGCUACGUUAUCCGCAAGCUGAACGACUACGACCUGGCCUACGUGCACCUGGUCGAGCCCUACGGCUGGCACUUCACCGGCCCUCUUGUCCCGGAAGGCGGCAUCUCGCCGGUCCUUCGCCCGAUGUACAACGGUGUGAUCGUCGCUGCCGGUGGCUUUGACCGCACCAAGGCCAUCAAGAACGUUGAGGAGGGCUACGACGACAUCAUCGCGUUUGGUCGCGACUUCAUCGGCACGCCCGACAUUGUGGAGCGCCUGAAAGCGGACAGGCCCCUGAACGAGUUCAACCAGAAGACGUUCUACCCGCAGCCCAACGACCCGCUGGAGAAGGGAUACCUCGACUACCCCUUCCUGCAGGAGAAGUAAGCUUGCGCAUAGUAUCAGAUGUGUACGCAAGUAUUGUCGUCGUUGAGCUAGGUUGUCAACACCCGUUCAUCUGACCUUUACUUGAAGUGCUACUUGAUAAGAGCUGCGUAAGAUGCUCAAGAAUUUAUCAGAGCUGAACAAACAUCUGCGUUGUCACUCCUACCUUACCUUAGUCAGAGUUUUAGCUUGCAGUGCUAUCCCAGCUUACUCCUAUGCCGUUCGUUUGCAAUCAAAUUUACCUACGGCAUGUAAUGUUGCUGACUGCUGUGCUCAAGGACCUUAUCCCGAGUAAGUGUUCCAUGCAACGCGGUACAAGCUAGCAACAGCCAGUUGGGUGCGGUAAGAGGACCCUCUCGUUGCACUAAGAGCGCAAUAACCGACUCGACCGAGUACUAUCCCGAUUCAACCCAACCGGAGUUAUCGCUCACUUCUCGAUUUCCUACGAAGCGCGCAUCGCCUCGUCCAAGCCACCAACCAACCGCAUCGACAACUCCAAAAACAAGAUGAACCAGGCAAUCAGCACCCAGACACCGUCCAAGCCCGCGGAAGUCCCGUACUGGAACCAGAACGAUGCUGCAGCGUCCCAGCCAGCAAAGGACCUCGAGAGCGAGGACGGGCUGACGAGGGGUCAAUGGCAAGUCGGCUUCUGGGAGUGCUUUACGGACCUGAUGCCCAACUGCUUCAUGGUCACGUGCUGCUCGUGCAUCUCGAUGGCGCAGAUCGCCGACCGCCUCGGCGUCGCUACCUACUCGAAGGCCCUCCUCAUCUGCUUGGCAGUAGUGCUGGUCGAGUUCGUGGUAGCUGGUCUCGCCUCCACUGCAGCCUCCAGCAGCGCAAUGGUCGAGACCAACUACACCAACACCGGGACUGCGGUCACCUACUCGACCAACGACGGGAGCGGCGCUGUGCUCAUCUAUCGGGGCAUCAUGGUGCUCGUACGCGUGGUGUUCGCUCUCUUCGUGAUGCACCUGCGCAAGGCGGCCCGCCAGCGCUUCCAGAUCCCCGGCAACUCCCGCGAGGACUUCUUCGCUUCACUGUGCUGCUCUUGCUGCGUCCUCGCUCAAAUGGCGACCCACAUCAAGAGCUACAAGCCCGGCAGCUGCGACUUCGGCCCGGUGGCGGACACGCUGCCCCCUUACUCGGAGUAAGAACUGGUGUCUCUCUCUUCGUUCGAACUCGAGGCAAGUCUUCACACGUUCCUAACGUCAUAUACACUGUCGAUCGUUUUUGCGUUGCUAAAAUGAAAAUGCCCCCUCAUGGUAUCGACUGUGCCUUGUUGGAGUUCACUUCAACUCUUUUCUCUAAAUUUCAGAAAUAUUCAAAAACGUUAGCAUCUGAUUCCAAAACUGAAGUGAAGAGCUACGGUGCCUGUGUUAGGAUGAAGGUGGUGGUGGGGCUCGCCUCUCUCGCGCUGGCCGCUGCCGCCGCAGUCGCUGGGGCUCUCGUGGAGCGCAAGCGCCAGCUCGACCUCAAGACGUGCGGCUGCGGCGACGGCGAGUGCUGCAACUCGGUGCGGCCCUCGGAACGGCGUUACCAGCUGCCCCGCGCUCAUGUGGAACAUUGGGACACCCGCAACGGCGAGUGCGACCCCAGCUGGGCCAAGAUGGCCCCGGGGGGGGCCGCAGAUACAGCGGGUGACAAGCCUCGCACCAGCUUCGGCACGCUCAUCCUGUUGCGCCACGGCCAGAGCGUGUGGAACCGCAAACCCGACCGCCCCACGGACCUCUGGCGUUAUGCGGGAUCCAUCGACAUCCCCUUGAGGUGAGGUACUAGAGAGACUGGGCUAGAGAGUGGAGUGUGGGUUAUUGAAGUGAGUUGGUUGUGAGCAGUGCCGUGGGUAUGCAGGAAGCGUACGAGGCGGGGAAGAGGCUGGAGUACGUGCCGAUCGACGUGGUCUUCUGCUCGCAGAUGGAUCGGGCGCGCACGACCAUGUCGUUGGCAUUGAGCGUACACUCCAGCAAGAAGACCCCCGUGGUGGAGCACCGCUCUCCGCUGGACAAACCUUGCUUUGACGGUGUGAAUGACAAGAACCCCUACGACUUUGUACGUAUUUUUUUUCCUUGGUUGGCCGUCUGAUGUUGAAGUCACUGAUCUGUUGGUAUUGCGAGGAUACAGAUCAUUCCGGUGUAUGUGUCGCCGACGCUAAACGAGCGGAACUUUGGUGACUUGCAGGUUUGUGCGGGGCUGAGCUUUACUAUUGAAGAGCGAUGUCUUGGAGCUAAUUUGUGGCUGCGGUGACGGAUGGUAAAGGGUGUUCCGAGUACGAAGCACACUGUGCUGUUCAACAGGGAACACGUCAAAAAAAUACGGAACGACUACUACACCCGGUUCCCAGGAGAGAAUGGCGAGAGUUGCGAGGAUAUUCACAACCGGACCAUUCCCUUCUUCAACUCGUUUAUUCUUCCGCAUCUUGCUGCGGGGCGCAACGUGUUGGUCUCCUCGCACGGUUUCGUCAUCCGGACGCUCAUAAAGUACCUGGAUGGCAUGGAUGCACACGAGUUCAACGAGCAGAUGAAGCUGGAGAAGUCAGCCCCCGACAAAUGUCUGCUGCUCGCUCCGACAGGUAUGUUAUAGAAUACUUCCUCUCAUAUGUGAAACGCUGAGGCACCUCAACUCACUCUGUCUUGGCCCAGGCGUUCCACUCAUGUACAAAUACGAGAAGGGCAAAUUCACCAAGCUCGCACAGACGCGCCGCGACCGCGCCGAGAGUUUAAGUCGAAGCAUUGCACCGUACUAGUGCAAGCAUCAAUUUUGACUGGCAUGAUAGUGACGGCUUGAUGGGGGGAUAGAAUGCAUCGGAUCGAACUGCUGUGACGUUGUUCUUCACACAAUAGGAGAGGGGGUGUUCAAAUUAAACCACCGGCG